AUGUCUUCUUCUUCCACCACCAGUGUUCAUAUCAGCGCCUUGAACGCCAUCGUGAACGUCAACUCCCUCUUCACUCUUGCCGUCUUCAUCGGUUUGACUUGGAACCCCUACGACCCCACCAACAGUCUCAUUUCCGAUUCCGACUGCGUCGCCUCCCCUUCCAUCGCCGAGAACCUUGUUUCCUUCCAUGUCUACUCCUUCAGCUCCUUUCUGUUCUCUAGCCUCGUCGCCCUCGCUCUCAAGUAGGCCAUUCGCCUCUCUCGCUCCCCCGGUUUCCACUAUCCCGUCGAGUUCUUCGCCCACAUCAACAAAACUGCUCUCCGCCUCGGCAUGCUCGUCUCCGGUGCCGGUUCCGUCAGCGGUUGUGGUUUCUUGAUGAUGGCCUUGGUCAAUGUGGUGCAGAUCAAGCUGGGCACUCUGGCCUGUGGCAGCUCUCACACUUACUCUGCUGCCAUCCCGCUCCUCAUACUGGUUCCUUCUGCGCUUCUCAUUUACGUAUCUGUUGUUUUGUACGCUUUUACUCGCUAGGAUUCGUGUGUUUACUAUGUAUGUUUGGCUUCUUCAACAAAAUAGAUAGUGUCCUUUAUCCUGUAUGAUUCGGCUUUGACCCUUGCGGAAUAGAAAGUGUCCUGCCGCGAUCUUGUAUGAUUCAUCUGAAAUCACAUUGAAUAUAAGUCUUUUCUUUUUCUUCUUCCCAAA